UGUGAUUGCAUCAUGCAUUCAUGUUAUAUAUAAAGUAUAAGAAGAAUAUAUGCCCCCAAUUUACGUUCAGUCGUCCGCGAAGGAUACAUAGUUUGUAAUAAAAAACAAUGUUACGUUUGUAUUUAGAUAUUUUUAUAUAAAAAGAAUCCCGUUGGUUUACUUAUUUACUGCAGUGUUAAAAUAUUUUAGAUUUUUUUAUGUGGACUAUUUUUUAAACACUUAGUUUAUCUUUGAAAAAAAAAACACCAUAAUUAUGAAUAACAAGCAACGCGGUUAAAUCUUUGAAACGAAAUUAUGGAACUUUUUUCCCGCAAAGACAUAUCAUACUGGUAGAAAAAAUUUCCAUCGGGAAUAAUCCUGAUAUUUUGCUAGUAUAAGAUUAGUUAAGCAAUAGUAUCGGAAAAAGGUAUUGUCGCAUAAGUGACCGUUCUUGUUUUUUUUUCCACUCACAUUUUUACGUUUCAGGAUUAUAAAAUACAAUUGUAUUCGCCGUAAAAUGGCAACUGGCAAAACGAUAGAGGUGCCACUUAACGCCUAUGUGGACGUUAAACUUAGGCCCGAGACUGUCAAUGACGAGGAAACGGACAAGUGCCAAGAAACAGCGUCUUGUAAUACUGCAGAAAAAGAUGAGUUUGAAACACAAGGGGAAAUUAAAAGUGUUGAAGACAAUCCAGACACUAAUGAAAAUGAAAGUUUACCGAUAGAUCGAGGUUGGGCGUGGGUAGUACUCGCUGGAGCAGCACUUUAUUUGGCAAUAUUUGGAGGUAUAAAGAAGAAUUUUGGAAUCAUUUUUGUGGCCAUCCAGGAUAGGUUCGGAUCAACGGCCUCUGUCACGUCUCUCCUGACAACUAUGCAAAACCUUGUUAUGAGUUUUUCGUCCUUGGUUAUUACGACUGUGGGAACAGAGUUCUUGUCUAGCCGUAUGUCCAUCACGCUUGGGGCUUUGGUUUUCACUACAUCUCACAUCAUAUCAGCUUUCUCUACAGAUAUACGCAUGUUGUUUGCAUCAAUUGGAUUUCUGGAAGGUUUAGGAACUGCCAUCAGUUACCCAUCAGUCAUAGCCACAAUUGGAGAAUAUUUCGAUAAAAGGCGCGGCCUGGCCACCGGUUUGGCCUUUAGUGGAUCUAAUGUCGGUUGGUUUGUCUUUGCUCCUAUCUUGUCGGCAUUAUUUGAGGACAUCGGGUAUACCGGGACUUUAAUGAUAAUAGCUGGGAUGGCAUUAAAUAUACUUGUAACUGCUGCUUUAUUUAGGCCAGUUAAAUCUUUCAAACGACAUAAAUUGAAAACAAAUAAAACAGAAGAAACCACAAAGGAUAUCAAAGAAGGUGGCGACAUCCUAGAGAGUGAAAAUCUUCUUCUUCUUCCAGUGAAAGAUAAUGCUAUGUUAAACAGUAUAAACAGUAUUGGAAAUAGAGUUUAA